GAGAAGGACAAAAGCAGAACGCAACAUGAACUCAAGAUUGCCGCGAGCGUCCGCAAGCAAAGCCCGUCCUCAAAACUUCACACCAGCAGUACUUACAGCUUUCUCGAUCACGAAAACGCUCGAAAAAACUAUGAGCCACAACAAAGUCUCAAACGGGUCAGCAAAACCGGAGACGCACAGAACACCUCCAUUACCAACCACUGUCGCAGCUCCACUGAGCAGCAACGGAGACCCGCCACCGUCGAGCUCCGCACCAGAAAGAUGCCACCACCAAAGAGCCGCAGGUGAAGAAAGAAAAACGAUUCAGUUCACGAUCUCGCGUCGGGACAGCAAAUCGAAGGCUAGAAGAAGUAGAUCAGGUGCCGUCCUCAAGCUCCGAUACCACCUCGCUCACAGCCUCCGUGAACCAACAGCAAAAUCAGAUCUGAAACUCUCCGCCUCGAACUCAACACUUUGCCGCGAAAGGGAGAAGAAGCAAAAAGAACAAAGAGAGAAGGGAAGGAAUGCGAAGGGGCCGGCGCCGGUGCUGUGGAAGCCACCGAACGCCGGCGACGGUAGGAUUUGCAAGAUGGGCGGCUAGGGCGAACUGUAUCGAGGAGAGAGAAGGGAGGAUUUGUUUUCAGCUUUUUCUCGUUUUGUGUAUAUACAAGUUAAAUUUAAAUAUGUUAAAUUUAAAUAUGUAUAAACGUACGCAUUCAUU